AUGAAUGAAACAUUAAAAGAACUAUUUGAAGCUUGUCGGAAUGGAGAUUUAGUUAAAGUUAAAAAAUUAAUUUCACCAGAAAGUAUUAAUGCACAAGAUGUACUUGGAAGAAAAUCGACACCUCUUCAUUUUAGUUCUGGAUUUGGUCGUAAGGAUGUAGUCGAAUAUCUUUUAAAUCAAAAUGCUAAUGUUCAUAUGAAAGAUGAUGGAGGUCUAAUUCCAUUACAUAAUGCAGCAAGUUUUGGUCAUGCUGAAGUCGUUCAAUUGCUCCUUAAUUAUCAUUCCGAUGUAAAUGCAUUAGAUAGUUGGAAUUUUAGUCCACUUGCAGAAGCAGCUAGUAAAGGAAAAGUCGAUGUGUGUCUUAUUCUUUUACAACAUGGUGCAGAUCCAAAUAUAAAAAACAGUGAUGGAAAAAGUGCACUUGAUCUUGCUGAUUCAUCAACUCGACCAGUAUUAACUGGUGAAUAUCGAAAAGAUGAAUUACUUGAAGCAGCUCGAUCAGGUAAUGAAGAAAAACUAUUAAGUUUAUUAACAUUGGCUAAUGUUAAUUGUCAUGCAAGUGAUGGAAGAAAAUCAACUCCAUUACAUCUAGCUGCUGGUUACAAUCGAUUAGCAAUUUGUAAAAUCUUACUUGAACAUGGUGCUGAUGUUCUAUGCAAAGAUAAAGGUGGACUAGUUCCAUUACAUAAUGCUGCUUCAUAUGGACAUUACGAAGUUGCUGAACUCUUGAUUAAACAUGGUGCUCAUGUAAAUGCUUGUGAUUUAUGGCAAUAUACACCUAUACAUGAAGCUGCUUCAAAAUCACGUAUUGAUGUUUGUACUCUUUUAUUAAGUCAUGGAGCUGAUCCAACAUUAGCAAAUUGUCAUGGUAAAACAACACUUGAUGUUGCUGCUAGUCGAGAACUACGUGAUAGAAUUUUAUAUGAAUAUAAUGGAUAUUCAUUUCUUGAUGCAAUACAUAAUGGAGAUAUGAGUCGUGUUAAAAAACUUUUAACUAAUGAAACAGUUAAUUUUCGACAUUUUAAAACAGGAGAUUCACCAUUACAUGUUGCUUGUACAUCAUCAGCAGCAAAACAUCGUCGUCAAAUUUUUGACAUAUUAAUUCGACGUGGCGCUCUUAUUAAUGCUUUGAAUACAGCGUAA